AUGAGCAUACCUAAACAUAUAGUAUCAAAGUAAAUGCGAUCUUGUACUUUGAUUUCUUUAAAUUGCAAUUCCUUACAUUUGUAUUUGAAUCAGAAGACAAAAUUUCUAGAUAUUAUGAAAUAGAUUUAAAAGUCUUGGAAUAAAAACGUGUAAUAUAUAAGACUUUUUAAGACUGAUGGAUAGGAAGUUGAAGAAUUAGAUUUGGUCAACAUUAAAAACGGGACAAUACUUUAUGCAGAAUUAAGUUAUUAAGAUUUCAAGCCAAACAUUAUUUAAAAUGAUUACGAUAUUAUCAAAAAGAUUGGAGAAGGAGGUCAAGGAAUAGUAUUAUUAGGCAGAAAUAAAAUUACUAAGAAAAUGGUUGCUUUAAAAAAAAUACUAAUUAAGAAUUAUAGAGGAUCAGAUUAUGAAGAAAUUUUUACAGAAUCUAAAAUUUUAAAAGGAUUAGAUCAUCAGAAUAUUGUUAAAUUGUAUUAAGAUUAUUUAAUACAUAAUCAGAAUGAGUUUAUAAUGGUUAUGGAAUACUUAAAAGGUGGAAGCCUCAUAAAUUAAGCUAAUUGUAAUUAAUAAUUUAUUUAUUAUAAUAGAAAAUUUAACUGAAGCAGAAUCUAAGGUAUAUUUAAAAUAGAUAGUCGAUGCUAUUGCUUAUUGUCAUGAAAACAAUAUUGUACAUUGUGAUUUGAAAUUAGAAAAUAUUAUGUUAGUUUCUUCAACUUCUAAAGAGGUAAAUUAUUAUUUAAGUUAGUUAAAAAUUAUUGACUUUGGAGUUUCAAAUUACAUAGGAAAAUAAUUGGAAAGUGAAAAUUUCGUUGGAACUUUAUCAUACUUGCCUCCAGAAAUUUUAGUUACAUCUAAAAAAUAAAUUUAACCAUCUUAAGAUGUAUGGGCAAUUGGAUGCAUUAUUUAUGGAUUAGUUUUUGGAAGACUCCCUUUUGAUGGGGCAAAUUCUUCCGAAACCUUUAGGAAUAUAAUUAAUAUUAAGUACUCUAUUCCAAAGUAGAAUGUAUCUUAAGAUUUAAUUGAUCUAUUGAAAAAGAUUUUUGUUAAUAAUGCUUAAGAAAGGUCAACUAUUUUUGAAAUUAAAUCUCACCCUUGGUUUAAUCAACAGCCUAAAUUAUAAAAAUUACUUUUAUAAGGUAAUCGUAAAUCAUCUUCUAUGCAUUCUAUAAAAUAAAAAAUAGCAGAAGAUCAAAUUUAAGUUGUUAGUAAAUAAAUGAUUAUCUAAAAAAGAAGAUCUGUUAUCAGAUUUGAAAAAGCUUAACUUAUCAAAAAAUUUAAUUGA